AUGACAAGCACGGCGGCCUUCCCUCUCGCGACGGCAGACCCGUAUACGGGCGGGGACGCCGGUGCUGGCUCUGCGAACUCGGGGGGCGGAGUUGACACGGAUGCUGGAGCAGCUGGCGGCACGUCGGGAGCAGUGGAGUUGUCCCACGGGGCUUUGGUUGCCAUCAUCGUAGUUGUCGUUAUAGUGGCAGUCGGCGGCAUUGCCUCAGCGGUUCUCUUCUACCUGGCCAAGAAGCGGGAGUGGAAGAUCAGGGAAAGCAUCCGGCGUUCGGCCAAGAAGGUCGUCACGGCGUUGACGCCGCGCCGAUCCGAGUUCCCUAGAUCAGUGAAGGAGUCUACGGGAAGGACAUCCCGCGGCCGCGUUAGAUUGGACGAUGUGCCACCCACCCCUCGAUUAAGACCAGAGGACGUCGAAAAGGGACUUGCAUUCAAGCCGAAUAUCCGUCAUAGUCCAGAAGGGCGUAAUCUGAGAGACAAAUGGGCGAGGAAGUAA